GAUACUCUUUGCCCUUACCUCCUGGAUAUGCCUAUCACGGAUGCGGAAGAGGCCGCCCACCAGCUGGAGGUUGCGGCAUCGGAUCUGCCGCCCGAGGAGCGGAAAACCGAGUAUGCCAACCAGGCCCAAACGCAGCAUUGCGAGCGCUAUACAUAUGUGAACAACGUGGUCACCUGGGACGGGCCCAACGACCCGGAAAACCCUCGCAACUGGCCCCGCGCCAAGAAGUUGAUCUUCACACUCGUCGCCUCACUCAUGAUUUUCACCGUCUCCUUUGCAUCCAGCGUGUUCGGGUCCGCGAACAAGGUGGUGGGCGCCGAGUUCGGGGCUUCAAGUGAGGUGAUGGAUCUUUCCGUGACCCUCUUUGUGGCGGGGUUUGCCACGGGGCCCUUAUUCUGGGGCCCGUUCUCGGAGGUGUACGGCAACACGACGCCGUUGGCGGUCGCCGUGCUCGGUGCAGCCAUCUUCCAAGUGCCUCUCGGGCUGGCGCACAAUGUUCAGACUGUCCUUGUGAGUCGCUUUCUGGCCGGGGCCAUCGGCAGCGGCGUCCUGGCCGUGGGCUCAGGCAUGUUCUCCAAGAUCUUUGGCCCGGUUUCUCGUGCCGUGGCGGUGGGGUUCUCGUCCACACUGAUGAAUUUGGGUAGUGCGUUGGGGCCGAUUGUGGGGUCCUAUACAGUGGCUUACGCGGGCUGGCGCUGGAUUGCCUGGAUCACCCUCAUUCUAUGCGCCGUGGUCGGCUUCAUGGCGCUGUGUACCAUCCGCGAGUGCGCCGGGGAGGUUUUACUGGUACGCAAGGCCCGACGCUUGCGCAAGGAGACCGGCAAUGCGCAGCUGCGAGCACCACUGGAGGAGGGGGGGAUUGACUUUACCGACUUGGUUCACCACCAUCUCUCUAAGCCCCUCCGGAUGAUUGUCCAGGAACCUAUUCUCAUCAUUGUCACCGUGUAUCUGACCGUGGUGUAUGGCUCCUUCUACCUGGCCUACGAUAUGUUCACCUACGCCUUCGAGCGCCGCGGCUGGUCCAACACCACCGCCACGCUGCCUUUCAUUGCCGUCUACCUGGGGCAAAUUGUCGCCGUCCUCCUCUGGACGGCGUACAACCGGGGCCCCUUCCGCCGCAAGCUUGAGAAGCAGGGCUAUUGUACCCCAGAGGAUCGCCUCCCCCCUAUGCUCUGGGGUGCAGUCGUCCUCCCGCCCUCACUUUUCUGGUUCGGCUGGGCAAUGCUAACGCACUGGAUUGCCCAGGUUAUCGCCGCCUUCUGGGUCGGACUGGGCUUGCAGCUGAUCUUCAUCACUGGCAUUGUCUACAUCAUCGAUGUCUACAAUACCUGCCCGAACUCGGCCAUCUCUAUCCACGUGGUCAUCCGUAGCCUGGUCUCCUCCACCUUUUCUUUGUGGUGUACCCCCAUGUAUGACGGGCUCGGUGUCGAAUGGACGGCUACUGUCCUAGGUGCCGUGGCUCUUCUGCUGCUGCCUUCCCCGUUCAUCUUCCGCCGAUACGGCGUGGCGAUUCGCAAGUCCAGCAGAUUCUCCGAUGCCCCCUACUAG